UUGGGGGAAACGAGUGUUACAUUUUUAUAUAAAAAUAAAACCACUUCAUAAACUUUUAUUCUGUAAAGAGUCGCGAUCAACAGUCUCUCUUUCUCAUUUUGUAUAGAGCAUGACAAGGAUAGACUUUUGUCAAAUUUAAUUUUACUAGGCUUCGAGAAUCAUACCAGAUUCGGGCUCACUGAACUGUGUUCAUUCUGUGAGCCCGAUUCGGACCCCUAAGUCCAAAGCCCAUUAAAAAAAAUAUUCUUCGGUCCAUUCCGUCUCACUCAGUCGCUCGUUCUGACUGAACGAGACUUGACUAGUCUAGAAAUAUUUUCUUUAGAUUUAAACUAUGUAUCAUAUUUGCUUUGCUAAGUCGCGAUUUGGUUGGUCCUUUUAAUGUUUGCAACUUGGUAAAAUAGUUGCAUUAUUAAAAAAAAGUUAUGUAAGAUGAAUAACAAAGGAGUGGGAAAGACGACCGCGUACGAAGAUGUUGAUCCAGUAAAUAUUUUGCAUGUGGGGGGGUUUUUUCUUCAAAAACCUGUAUUAUGGGGAGAUUUCGGGUAAGUUUUUGGGGGGAAGGCGAAAUGGCUUUCUGGUAACACUGUACUGAGUUAAGGCAGUUCCGCGCGACCCUCCGGGAGAGAUAGAUGGCGCGGGGACGCGAUGUGGCUCCCAUAAAGAACCAGUGCUGUUGUUGUCGCGUGUGACGCGGAGCAGGGUGCAUCUGCACCUUGCACUCACGCCCAGCGGUGCCAAAUGAUUUGAGGGGACCCAUGCCCGGCCGCGCUGCCCUACUCUUUGCAACAAUGUUUUACGCCUUAUUCGCUUUGUCAAUGCUCGGGUUUUUUUUAUUAAAACCAGUACCAUGCAGUGGUGACGUGCCUUGCUCGGAUGGGCGGCAGUGCCCCGGCGGGUGGCAGUGCUGCGAGCAGGGCUGCUGUGCCGUCGCAGGCGGCACCGCGACCACGCACCGUGACGACGAGCCAUACGAGAAGCCGCCCUAUCCGUACCCGUGGUAUGCUCAAUGGUCUGUGCUAUUUCUUCUCGGCACCUUGGGCGGGAUCUUGAUUUGCUGCAUCUGGUGCCUGUUCUUCAAGCGGUCGUCGCACGGCGUGUAUAUGUGCUCGUUCGCGUGCUGCAUGCGACGACCGACUUCCGACCACGACUCAGCAGGAUCUAUAUACCCUCCACCACACUACAGCCGCUGCGGCUCCUUCCAUCAGGCACCACCACCGUAUUCUGAGGUGACUUCUAAGCCCGAUCUGUAUCCCCUGGUGAUUACAUGCGGCGAAGGCGAGAACAAGGCUGGCGGUAACUACCUCAUGGUCCAUUACUUCAGAAAUUAUGUCAUCCGAGCACCAGGUUCUCUAUCAGCGACGAGUACUGCAGAAUCUCUCAACUCCAGUUUCAUAUGCAAUGCAGCAAAUGAGGCAAAUUCGAUCAUCUCGCCUCCAUACUCGUGCGCGAGCAACUACGAGGAAUGCAGCGGCGUGGGGUGCGGGCGUUCGCUGCUACGCUCGCUGUCCUCGCUGACGGAGCGCGCGCCUGCGCCCGCGUCCGCUUCCGCGCCCUCCCCCGCUGCCGCACCCGCGCCCGCCACCGCUCAUGCCCCCGCUGUCGCUCAUCACGUGGUGCGCCCGAGGAAACGGGCAGCGUCAGAGUCAACUAACAACGGGCGCACGCGCGAGUCCUCGCAGACGUUCAGAGACAACCUUAUAACUUCCCCUGUUCAGGAUUUUGAUCCUACGUUUGAUCUAGAGCUGGAACUGAUCGACUGCGAGAUGUACUGUGACGGGGGAUGCAAGCCGCGCCUGGGUGCUUCACCCCCCGCCCACCGUUCCCCCUCCACUCUAGAAGAAGGCGCGUACGACCACGAAGCUUACGGACUGAGGCACUUAUUCUCGUGUCCAUCACCCGAUGGACCGAACGCCUGCGAAUCCCCCCCACAACCCACCAGCCCCACGCAAACCUCCAGAGAAUCCACUCUCCGAAGACCCAGCGACGAAAGACGCCACCGACGCUUAGAGAGCGUCAAAAAGACACCCAAAGUCAGGAAAUCGAGCUUAUACAUGCCGUUGGUCGCUUACCCUACUAGAACUACGAGGAUCUCACCUGGAACUAGAGCUUCGUCCAGGUCAGCGCCGGCAACUCCGUGCAGCGGCUUGGUGCCCAACCUGGUCACCUUCACGCAGCGAGUCUCGGCGUCCAGACACGGCUCCAGGUCUUCGAGGCUCGAGGAAGAGAGUAACCCUCUUCUAGCGGAGGCGGAAAACUCACGAGCCGACCACAAAUUUUAAUACUGACCCAACGGCUUCUAACCUCAGGGCAAGGAAAAAUUUGCAUUGUGCAAUUUUGUCGUUAAUUAUUAAUAUGUUUAGGUUUAUUAAAUUGGUUGACAAUUACAUAAGCUUUAUUACGUGGGUUUAAAAAUAUAAAAUCAUUUAAUGGGUAUCAAUUUCAUGAUAUUAUUUAUUUAUGCUAGAUUUUUAUAUCUAAAGAUUUUAACUUAUGCGCAAUCAAGGACUCUUCAGUGGUUAUGAUUUAAAACUGACAUAGUCUUUAUCUUAUGGAAAUAGGACUGAUAUUGGUAGUGCAAGUUUAAAGCUUACAAAUAUAAGGUAGGGAAUAGUAGUUUACCCGCUCGCAAUGGAGCGUCCGCCUAAGAAAGUACCCUCCACUUUGCAGAAAAUUUCAGCUAAAGCACGAUAUUGAUGUAGUUAAUGAAAUAUAGUUGCCAGACAAAUCCAUGGGGCAUAGAGGAUAGGGUCAGGGUAGGUCUUUGACGUAGGCAAAACGCAUUAGUGAAAGUAAUGAAUGCGUUUUUUUUAUCACUACCGUUUUCACCUGGUGGUGAUCUGAUCACUCACUUCCCCGUUGACAUAAAAUUAUGCUUGUAUUUAUAUAUCAUCAAUCAUCAUCAUAGCCUAUUUAUUAUUGGCCACACUCCUGGGCCACAGGCCUUCUCUAUGGAUACAUAUAUGACAGAUAAGUAUAGCCAAAAGUAUUGCCAACGAUUGCGCAAUGUGAAUUUUUCUUACAACCACAAUUCAUUCAUAGAAAGAAUUGUGUUUGCAUACUGGUUUUUCAUUUUACGGCCUACCUUAGAAGAAACCCUUUUUGAUAAGCCUUGGGCGGGCGGCGGCGUCGUGAUAAAAACCCACCGUUUCAUUGUUGUGAUUGUAUUAAUCUGUGCUCAUUAUAAAGUAGAGCGAACAUUUUAGAAAAUAAGACGGUAGUUAGUUUAAAUGUUAUUCAAAUAUAUUGCAUUUAAAUAUAAGUGAAUGAGCUUGUCGGACCAUUGUUCACUUGCCUUCUGAUAAGAAUUAAUGAAUAAAAUAUAAAG